CUACAGGAAGUUAAGUGUUUUGCUUUUUCGUCAGAUGUAGCCAUCUAAGCUAGCUAUGAUAGCCGACAGCCGCUUCCGCCAUGAACACCUCACUAAUGUUUAGUUUUAAUCUUGGUACGAAAACGACUUCUUGAAGAAAACAGAAGCUGAAACAGUUGUCAAGCUGAGCCGAGUAGCAUGCUGGACGUGGGGAAGUGGCCAGUGUUUGCACUCCUUCCACCUGAGGAACUACGGCUUAUCCGGCAGGCUUGUGUCUUUGGCAGUGCUGCAAAUGAAGCUCUCUAUGUCACUGUUAAUGAUGAGGUCUUUGCCUUGGGCACCAACUGUAGUGGCUGCUUAGGCCUCGGAGACCUUCAAAGCACUAUUGAGCCGCGCAGGAUUGAUGUCUUGUGCGGAAAGAAGAUUGUAUCCCUGAGCUACGGUACAGGACCACAUGUGGUUAUCGCCACUGCAGAUGGGGAGGUGUUUGCCUGGGGCCACAAUGGCUACAGCCAACUUGGAAAUGGGACCACCAACCAUGGUCUGAUCCCCGCCCUGGUCUCCACCAACCUCAUCAACAAGAGGGUGACGGAAGUGGCCUGUGGCUCCCACCACACCAUAGCUCUGACCAGUGACGGAGAGGUGUAUGCCUGGGGCUACAACAACUCGGGCCAAGUAGGUUCUGGGUCGACUGCCAAUCAGCCAACGCCACGUCGGGUUAGCAGCUGUCUACAGGGCAAAGUGGUGGUCAACAUAGCCUGUGGCCAGCUCUGCUCCAUGGCUGUUCUGGACAAUGGAGAGAUUUACGGUUGGGGCUAUAACUGCAAUGGGCAGCUGGGUUUGGGAAACAAUGGAAACCAGCAGACCCCGUGCAGGAUUGCUGCUUUACAAGGUGUCAAUAUUGUGCAGGUAAGAAUCCAGAGUAGCCGAUACUUUUAUAAAUCUCCACUUCCUAUUUUUCAUUCAUGCAGUUCCCUUUUCCAAAUUCAGGUGGCAUGUGGAUAUGCACACACGCUGGCCCUUACAGAUGAAGGAUUUGUUUAUGCAUGGGGAGCCAACUCCUACGGACAGCUGGGAACGGGCAAUAAAAGUAACCAGGCCCUCCCCAUCCUAAUAAACACAGACAAGGAGAGGAUGGUGGAGGUGGCUGCAUGUCACACCAGCCACACGUCAGCCGCCAAGACGCAGAGCGGGCAGGUUCUGAUGUGGGGUCAGUGUCGGGGUCAGGCCGUGUCCAGCCCUCACCUUACCCACUUUAGCAGCGCCGAUGACGUGUUCGCCUGCUUUGCCACACCGGCUGUCACGUGGCACCUUCUUUCAGUGGAUGGAGACGACUACCUGACAGUUGCCCAGUCUUUGAAGAAGGAGUUUGACAGUCCAGAGAUUUCUGACCUCAAGUUCUUAGUUGAUGGGAAGUGCAUCUAUGUUCACAAAGCUCUCCUGAAGAUCAGGUGUGAGCAUUUCCGUGCUUUGUUGAAUGAAACAGAUGAAGAUGUUAUAGAAAUUCAGCAGUUCUCCUAUUUAGUGUACAGAGCCUUCCUGGAGUAUCUCUACACAGACAAUAUCAACCUGCCACCAGAGGAUGCUGUUGGUUUACUUGACCUGGCCACCUUUUACAGAGAGACAAGGCUCAAACGAUUGUGUCAGGAAACAAUCAAGAGGGGCAUUUCUGAAGAGAACGCCAUCACUCUGCUUUCUGCCGCGGUCAAAUAUGAGGCUCGGGACCUGGAGGAGUUCUGCUUCAAGUUUUGUGUCAACCAUCUAACAGCUGUUACUCAGACCCAGGCCUUUGCGGACAUGGAUCAUGACCUGCUCAAGAACUUCAUUAGCAAAGCGAGCCGCUAUGGGGCUUUCAAGAACUAGAAAGCCCCCUCCCCCCAUGCAGCAAUGGAUUCCAGAUGAUAUGUUUUAAUUCUGCAAAAGCAGAGCCAACCAAAGCAAAAUCCAAGCCAAUCUGCUCUUCAAAGACUUGUCAAGAGGUGAGGGGUUUGGGUGGAAACUGCUAUCUGAUGCUGCCGUAUUACUCUUAAUCCUGUCCAAACAUGGUGCAGUGGGACAGAAAUAUUGGGUUGCUCUACUAAUCCGGCCUUAACAUGAAGAUGUGUCUGAACUUUCCAGUUUGUCAGACCUGUGUUACAAAAAGCAAGCUGUAUUGCACGUGCAUCUGCAUCGUUUUAAGUUUACCUAGGAGGGAUGAAGGUGGCUAAAAAACCCUGAAUGUUUAUCUAUAUUUGUCCCAAUGAAUCAUCAGCUGAAGAACUUUUCUUUGCAAACCUCCAUUUUUUUUUGUAAGCUGCAACUGACCCAUCUGUACAUAAAGCAAUCAGCAGGAAUAAAUCCACCCUUUUACAUAUGUACUUUCUUUUUUUUGUAUACAGUUUACACUAAUUUAAAGCAUAUGAGUAUAAUUGUGGGUAUUAGAAAUGUUUUCAUUAUACUGGGCGAUCCAGUAGAAACCUUCAGGCUCUGUUUACUGAAUCUAAGCACAUGAAGAGCUUAACAGCCAAGCGGAAGGUAGAACAGAUUUGAUAUAUCAUUAUUAAUCACUGUGGGAAAUGAAUUACUAAAACAAUUUUAAAACAUUGUAUUUGUUUGAUCUUCCUCGUUAUUUAGACACAGUGGAUUUCCAAAUGGAAAAACGAGGACAGAGGAAAGGAUCUGAACUGUCAAUCUUAAAAUGCGCCGCAAAAAAAUUGAGAAAACUCUAAAAUUAAUCGCUUCCCUGGUAAAGAUGUGUUCAAAGCUCUUAAAAAAUGUAGAUUUAUUGAGUCACCAGUUUUAAGAUGACUGUGAUGCUGUUUUUCAACUAUUAGCAUUAGCCUUUAAAAUCCAGCUGGCUGCAUCUGAUGCAAAGCAUUGAUUGCUUAUUUAAGUCAUUUUAAACUUUUGACGUGAUUAGCCUUUCUGAAAUGAAAUUUUCUUUUGUUUUUUUCCCAUUUUUAAAGAAGGGCUAAGAAAAAAAAACUAAAAAGGAAAAAACAAUUACUCAUUCAGCUACUGAAUACUUUCAUUUAGCUAAAGUGAGCUUAAAUAAUUGUUUUUUUUUCCUAAUAAGUUGGUUAGGACGUAAAUUUUACAGCACUUUUUUUUGUUGUUGAAGCACCAACAAAACCUACUCAUGGUGGUAUCUGUGGUGAUAACUGACCUGAUGUUAGAUUGGCUUUAGAGAUAUAGUCACAUUUUUUGGCUGGUUUCUAUUUUCUGGUCAGACCUUUUUUAAACACAUCACUGUUGAUGAAAGUAGCUGCAUUUCUGUCUUCUCCCUUCAUCAACAUCUUUUAAUAGAGAGAUCUGUUAUUAAGCGGAUUUGUCUCAUGGCGCAUCCAGUAAUCUAAAAAAACAACAACGUAUCUUUUCUUAUCCAGCUGGUCAGACCAAACCAAACUAUAAAUCUUCUGAUCAUUGUCUUAGAUGACAGCAUUUGUAUUGAAUGAUGUAUAUUUGACACCUCAGUUUGUGAUGAUUUUAAAUGUAACCAAGGUUUUUAUUUUUUAUUUCUUUUUAUUGUUUAUUAAUUAAGGCCAUCAAGACAUGUUCAAUUGCUGCAUUAGUGAACGCAGAAGGAAUGAAUAUAUGCUUGAUGUAUGACUUGUGCUUUACUCACCAUAAACAGCUUUUGUUGUUUGGAUUAUAGUGUUAUUCUCCAUUUUUUUAAUUUUGUUUUUACUGGAGUCCCCCCACCUUUUGCACCUUAUGUUGAAAGGUAGUGCUAAUAUUUUUUUUUAAUAGGCCAUUUGAACUGUUUUAGAGAAAGGUAAGAUAAGGAAUUACGGUGUUUUUACUUUGUAUGUUUAAUGCUGUUAGCUGGUAACAUUGAAAUGUUCACUAAAUAUUUGGAAAUAAAUAACUUAAACAAAA